AUGGGCUUAAGCUUUUUCAUCCAAUGCACUUGCUUAGUGUUGUUGCUUGUAUCCCUUACCCUAGUUCAUGCUCAGAGAAAGGUUUUUGACGUGACAAAUUAUGGUGCUCGUGCAGAUGGAAAAAUAGAUAACAGCAAGGCCUUCAUUAAUGCAUGGAAUGGAGCUUGUCAGAACAUUGGAGGAGGUAUGGUGCUGUUCCCAAAAGGCACAUUUGUGGUGGCUCCGGUUGUUCUUCCAGGUCGAUGCAAGGGACCAAUGGAGUUGGAAAUUCAAGGUACCCUACAGGCUUCUAAGGAGGUCAAAGAUUUCAUUGGUAUUGACCAUUGGAUCACCAUACAAUACGUUGACGGCUUGAACAUUAGUGGUGGUGGAACCCUAGAUGGCCUCGGAGCCGAUGGUUGGGGAUAUAAUGACUGCCUAAAAAACCCAGGCCGUUGCAAGCAACUCCCUGCUACACUGCGGUUGGAUUUUGUCACCAAAGGUUACAUAACCAACAUAACAUCGAUCAACAGCAAAAACACCCACAUCAAUCUUUUUGCAUGCAAGGAAGUACUUAUUCGCAACAUUAAGAUAUCAGCUCCCGGAGAGAGUCCCAACACCGAUGGAAUCCACAUUGGCAACUCACAGAACAUCUAUAUCGUAGACUCGCAGAUAUCCACCGGUGACGAUUGUGUCUCCGUCCUCCCCGGAUCACAAUACAUCAAUGUCACCGGUGUCCAGUGCGGUCCAGGCCAUGGAAUUAGCAUUGGAAGUCUCGGCAGAGAUUUGUGA